AAAGGGGACUUCAGUCUUUGGAAGAAGAAGAUGAAGACAUUACUCGUGCAACAAAAGGUUGCUAAAGCCCUCGAUCCAAGCGUGGGAAAAUCUUGUCUCAUGUUACAAUUUACAUACAACCGAUUUCAGCCGAUUCAUGAUGUGACGAUCGGUGCGGAAUUUGGUUCUCGAAUUGUCAACAUUAAUGGCGGACAUAUCAAACUUCAAAUAUGGGAUACUGCUGGACAAGAAAAAUUCAGAUCAAUUACAAGAUUUUACUAUAGAGGAGCGGCCGCAGCUCUUUUAGUUUAUGAUAUAACUAGGAGAGAGACAUUUGAUAAUUUAGCAAGCUGGCUAGAGGACGUUCGACAGCAAGCAAAUUCGAACAUGACAAUUAUGCUGGUCGGGAACAAAGCAGAUCUCACUCAUCAAAGACUUGUAAGCAAAGAAGAGGGAGAACAAUUUGCCAAACAGAAUGGACUCUUAUUCUUGGAGGCUUCUUCUAAAACAUUUCUAAAUGUCGAGGAUGCAUUUACAAAGACUGCAGCUAAAAUAUUUCAAAAUAUUGAAGAGGGCGUCUUUGAUGCAUUGAGUGAGUCAUGCGGGAUCCAGAUGGGUUACAGACGUCCUCAAGAUCGAUUGAAGGCGAUAGAUACACGACGAGGUGGAUGUUGUCGCAUAUUGUGAAACAAAGAAGGCAGUUGUGUGUAGAAAUUAUUAGUAUAGGAGGAAGAAAAUAUGAAUUUAUUAGUUGAUUUGUUAAUUUUAGUUAAUUAAUUAGGAAUUGAGAUGUCAUUUUAU